UUGGCUCCAGCCACGUUGGCGGAAUGUUACUCUUACGUCUGUUAAUUUUAGCGUCUUUGUGCGCUGCUAUUAGCGCUAGUUUACUACCAAGCUUAGCGCUCAACUACCCUCGUGGCUUGCAACGUUUAUUUGGCGCGAAACGGGAAGCCGAUGUUAAAGAGAAGGGAGAAGAACGUGAAGUAUGUAAAACUGAAGAAUGCAAUCUAAUUGCAAAAGUGAUCAAGGAAAGUAUGGACGAGACCGUGGAUCCAUGUGACGAUUUCUACGAGUACGCGUGUGGAAAUUGGUCGAAGGUGAAUCCUGUUCCUGAAAAUAUGACCUCGUGGAGUUUGUGGACUAUGGUAUCGAAGAAAGUCAUUAAUCAAGUUAAAGAAAUAAUCAAGUCUGAACCGAAAUCUGACGAUUUCUUCGCCGUAAAACUUGCUAAGAAAUGGUAUAAAAGUUGCACGGAUUUAGAUGGCAUUAAUAGAAGAGGAGUGGAACCGAUAUUGUCCACUCUAUGGAGACACGGAGGAUGGCCACUAAUCAUGGAAGAUGGGGAAUGGGAUGAAGACAUAUACAACUGGCAAAUAGUUGACGAUCAAUACGCUCGUUUGAUGGGAUUUAACGCUUUUCAUGACUUACGUUACGACAGUUUAUUAUACGAAGAUAACAAAACAAUAUUGAUUGAAACGCCUCAUUUACCACUUGGCGUAUACCAGAUUCUUUCGUUAGAAAGUAUUUUGAAUGCGGAUAGCAGUGAUGAAAACAACGAAAGCGGAGAAGGUAGUCAGGAAAAAGGAAGCAAGGAAAAACGACGGGAGAGUGAAGAAGGCGAGGAUGAAAAUGAAGAGGGUGAAGACAAUGACUGGUAUUCUGUCGAGUACGAAGAAGAAGAAGAGGAACUGCGAAAUAGGAAGGCAGUUGGUAAAAGGAAUCACAAAAGAUUAGGCCACCAUGGAAGGAGACAUAGCAAGAAGAAAAUGACAACUAGACAUGUUGCUAAAGUGAAAACGAGGAGGAGAACUAGAAGGGAAGUUAUGAGGAAGAAAGUUCUUCAUAGAAUGUUGCAUCAAUUGAAGAAAGCUAACAAACGUAAGCUUCAUCAUAGAGCUAAAGGAAAAUUGUCAAAACAUACGCAUUAUCCAGGUCUGAAAUUAUCCAGGAAGAGGAGUAAUUUGGGAAUGAAUAAGGAAAAAUCAAACGUAAAUCACAUUAAGAAGAAGAAGAAUAAUGGUAAGAGGAAGAGGAUUGAAAAGAGUGAACGUGAACACAAAGAAGAGCUGCACAAGAAGAAAAUAGCUAGAAGGAAGAAUGCUAAGCAACUGGGUCACGGUGAAAGGAAGAGUAAUAAGAACAAAGUACUGGAAAAACGUACCCAUGAAAAGAAGAUGAAGAAGAAAUCGAGCAGAACUGAAACGAAAGGAAAACUUCAUACCAUUGAAUCUCACAAGCGACAGAAAACUGCCAAUCAUAGGGUUCAUCGCUUCGCGAGCAAAAUGAGCGUUUCAAAACGUAGAAAGGUGCUGGCAGACAGUAACGAACCUGAGUAUAAUGAUAUAGAUGUCAGCAAUGAUGAUGCAAAUGAAUAUGACGAUAACAACGAGGAAAACAAUGAUGACUAUGAAACACCUGACAGUAUUUAUAUUGACAAUGAAGAAAAUGACAACAGUGAUAACGAUAACGACGGUGGUGAAGGAAGUGGUAAUGAUUACGAUGAUAACGACGAUGAUGAUGACAACGAUAGUGAUGAAGGAAGUGGUAAUGAUGACGAUGACGACGACGACGAUGAUGACGACGAGGAAGAAGAAGAUUUAGAAGAAUUGAGACAACAAUAUAAGGAAUACAUACUUAAUGUCUCGUUAAUACUUAUUGAAGGGAGAGGAAUUGACAUAUCGAGAGAGAAAUUGGAGCAAGAUGUCAAUGAUCUUGUUGAAUUUACAAUCAAAAUAGGAGAGCUCACGCUUGAUUAUGAUGAUGAACUUACGAAUACAACGCUCAAUGAAUUCCAAAACUAUUAUAAAGAUUUGGGACCUGUUACAAGCAAGAACAGAAUAAAUUGGAUAAGAAAAGUGGAUAAACUAUUUUCCGAGGCUGGAGUGGAAAUCGAUAACGACGUGGAAAUUACUGUAACAGCUGUAAACUAUAUAGAAAAGCUUCACACUUUGCUGGAAGAAACACCAACGAAAACACUCGUUAACUAUAUUCAUUGGAACUUCCUUAGUAAAAUAGUAAUAGCUGGCCCGGAAGAAUUAAUAGAAUUAACAGAACAAUGGAGCGGAAGAAAUCCGUUCGGGUCCAGAGACGCGGUAUGUAUAGAAUUGGUGGAACUGACUCAUAUAGCAGGGUACGAGUAUGUUAGGAAAUAUUUGCCGCCCGAGGUAGCGAAAUCGGCCAGAGAUAUGAUCGAUGACAUACAAAAGGAAGUCGAGUAUCAGAUCAAGGAAUCCACGUGGAUGGACGACGAUACGAAACAUUUUGUUUUAGAUAAAUUGGUGCAUAUGAAGAAUUGGAUCGGCAGUCCAGAAUGGUAUCGAAACACUACACUUGCAAAACGCUACUUCCGGGGACUCACAAUUGGCCCUUCUUUCUACGAGAACAUUCUCAACUAUAUUAGAUAUAUUAAAUGGCAAGGCUUGCGGGAAAUAGUGGAGGAUAAUGAAGAGGAUUAUUCUGAUGCUAUGAAUCCUCUGGAAUUGAAUGCUUUCUUCAUACCGUAUGAAAAUUCUAUAUCAAUCACCGCGGCGGACCUUCAAAGCCCGUUCUUUUCUCCUAAUCGAACAUGGUACGUGAAUUUCGGUAUUAUUGGACUUGUCAUGGGCCACGAAGUGAACCACGGAUUCGACGAUUCAGGUCAUCUUUUCGACAUGGAGGGGAAUGAAAUGGAGUGGUUGACUGCGAUGGCAAAUGCCUACAAUAAGAGAGCAGGCUGCUUCGUUGAUCAGUAUAAUAAAUACAGUAUUAUCAAGGGAGAAAAUAUGACAAUUGAGAACUACGGGAAUCAAACAGUCGGUGAAAAUAUAGCCGACAGUAUGGGCCUGCAAGCUGUAUUUAGAGCUUACAAACGAAGAGAACGAGAAUGUGGAAAGCCAGAUCCUGCUCUACCAGGACUAGAACAAUUUACCAACGACCAAAACUUCUUCUUGUCAUUUGCUAAUCUAUGGUGUGAAACCGAGGACCGGAAAACUGCAUUAGAAAACGCCAAGUAUGACGUGCACAGUGCAGCACGUUUAAGGGUGAUCGGACCAGUGACGAAUUCACAAGCUUUUGCCAAAGCUUUCAAUUGCCCAGUUGGCAGUGCUAUGAAUCCUAAAGAGAAAUGUAACAUAUGGAAAUAAUGAAAAAUUUCUGAAUUUUUGUUAAAUUUCAAUCCAAUUUGAUAAUAUAAUCUUACUAAGAAAUGAAA